AUGUCUGCUUUCAUCUCCAAAUUCUUACCAGGAAGAAAUGUUCCAAAAACAAAAUUAGAACUCAUAACAGAGGCAUGGAACAAUAUUCAGAAAUACUAUGAGACAGCUGCCGACCCACUCAAAGAUGCUGUUGACUUGACACCCAUCCCACAGAGUUUGGACAAUAUCAUCAAACUUAUACAAGCUGAAGAAAUAGAGUUUGAACGAGAAACUGGAAGUUUGGAAACAGGACCAUGUCUAGAGUAUCUACUACAAAAACGUGUGUUAGAGGAACUUGUCGAAUUUGCCAAGGUUGAUACACCUUACGGCAUGCGCAUACAUUGUCUUAGAUUUUUCUGUAGUCUAGUUACAAAUGUCCACGCCCAAUUAUUACCGGAGAGAGCAGUUCACGUUCCACUACAAAAAUUGAUAAAUUCCUCACAUCGCUUAAUAUGUCGACACUAUGAAGAUUUAGCAGCAACAGCAGAUAACAGUAACAAAAGCGCCUUUGAAACCUGCUCUGAGGAAAGAAUUGCAGCGAUAUCAGAACUAACGCUGGAGUUAGUAAAGCUGAUGCACGGAAUUUUUUCACAUUUUAAAGGUGCCAAUGCGGCCUUGAUGGAUUUAUUUUUCGAAAGAGGUUGGUGUCGAUCCAGAGGCGAGAGUGUUUGGAGAUGCUCGAAGGAAGGAAAACUAUUUCACAAGCGCAAAGAAAGUGUAGAGGAGAAAAUAGCAUGGGACAUGUUUUUGAUGCCUCGUUUUGACAUGUUUCAAUACCUGAUUGACUUUAUGAACAUGCCUGGAGAAACGGGUGAGAUUGCUAGAGAAUCAAUCCUUUUUGCACUACGAUUGUUGGAAGAUGAUCCGGAAUAUGUGUGCUACAUUGUCGAAUACUCCAACUUAUGUGAAGUGAUGGCAGAACGACUUGCAUUUUAUUUCGCUCAUUUACCAAAGAAUAAAGGAGCUUUUUCUGUUUCCAGCAAUAAUCGCAUUAAUAUGACCAGACCUUCGCGACGCCAAAUUCGAUUCUCAAUACCCGCUAUGGUGACCAACAACAGCCUGCUUAUUACUGUUAAUGCACAAAGCAGCUUUAAAAAGAAACGCAGAAAACGCACACCUUUUGAUGUUAAUUUCCUUCGUACUUUGGAAACGACUAUUGAUAAAGACCGAAUUAUUGAUGAAUUUUUCAGCUUUUGGGAAUAUUUGAAUGAUGUUGCUCGUGUUGCUGAGAAGCGGCUUAUGACAGCACUCAUGGUUCAAUUGACAACUAGUUUCUGGCAUCCUGUAAUAUGUACAGCAUUAAGCUCUCCUUCUGCUGAGGUUUCCACGUCAGCUACCGCCUAUACUACAGAAAUGAUUCGAUCUCUUACCGAUCAGAGAUUAUUACAUGUAUUUUUGAUUGUAUUAUUGGGGGAAGAUAGUGGGGUUGGAAAAGACCUCGAACCGGAAAUUGAAACCUAUAUACCCAUACGAGACUUGAUUGAUGACGAUAAGGAAGAAGAAGAGGACGAUGACGAAGAUACCUCCACCACACAUACAACAAGGGCAAGUGAAAAUGAAGAUAAAGCAGGAGAUAAUGAAAAGAGUUUGCUAGAGAAAAAACAAAGAGAAGCUGCUGAAGAUGAGGAAUUAACGCUCAGAUUACUGUUAAUAAACCGUAUCGAUACGGAAAAUUAUGAUCUAGCGUUAGCCACAUUGAGGUUAUUUGAUACCAUUAUUGAAACGUACAACCAAUUUGCUGUUUACAAUCUGGUAUUAAGAAACUAUUUGGAUAUAACUCCCGACGGUGAUUAUGUUGUUGAGGAUGAGAACCGUGACAAUAUAGAUACAUCAUCAUUUGAAUCGAGAACAAUAGAUGAAGAUGCCAACGUCACUACAACUGCCACUAAUAAUGCUGCUCCUGAGGAGGCUAGUAAAGUAGAUGAACUUGCAAUUGCUGAAAAAAGUAACGUUUCGAAUAGCAGUAAUAACAAAGUAGACGAUAAAAAGGAGAAAGUUCGCUGGUUAGUAGAGAGAGUCAUAUCGUUACUGCCCCUGGAAGACGAAUUGGAAAGAAUGAAGACUCCACCAUUGUCAUCUAUCAUAUCCGCAGAUUCAUUUGUGUCCGGAGCGGAUGGCAGCGAAGAAAAGCCUGGGCAAAACAAAAGUGGUAGCAGCAAUCCUUACAGUGUGGUUCCAGGAAACAGUUACGACGACUAUUUCCAUGAAGCACAGGAAAGGUUCCACUAUGCUUUAUUGGCUAGAAAUUUCUGGCAGAUACCCUACCCACCGAAAAAAACGAAGCAAGAUUAUGAACAAGAGGUAGAAGAUAGAAAAGGUCGCCCUGCUCGUCCGACUAGUAUAGCAGCAGCGGAAAUAUCACAUUCUGCUGAAAGCAGCCAUCACAAAUCCGCAGAUCAAGCCAGUAUUACUAGUUCAGCAACAACUAACACUUCAAAUCGCAGGACUUUUGAGACAUACGAAGGGUUAUUUUUGUCUCGGCUCUUUGAUCAAUUUCAAAGGAUGCUGGAAUUGCCUAUGGAACAGAAUUUAUUGAUCACGAGUAUCUUACAGAAAGUAGCAGGUGUUGUAGAUAAACGUAUGGAUGGCAUGCUAUGUGACUGGCGAGCUGUGAGAGUAGGUAAUGAUGGAGCACUUUACGGCGGUGUAUGGACGUUACCGUCGGCUAAAACGAAGCGCCGUACUCUCUAUGCCCUUUUGGAACAAGUAACUUUUGAGGCUUUGAAAAGAGCCCAGCUCGUACCAAAUUUUGAGACACGAAUCUCAUUAGCGAAAAAGCGAGGUCUAUCUUCGAAUAUCAAUCCUAAUGUGACAGGUACAUCACAAAAGAACUUCUCGCAGCUGAACGAGCGGCGGUCGCUGUCGAGCAGGAAAGAAGAUCUCUACCACCCAUCGCCGCAGCAGCAGCAGCAACAGCAACAACAAAUGAGCGCCAAUGCUGUAUCAAAAGCAAGUGAACAGCAAAAACCCAAUAGAAGCCAUUCAACUCUAUCCAAACUGAUGUUCAAUAAAAUGUCUGUUAAUAGCAACGCAUCCUCAGUAUCACCUCGCUCCAGUACUACUGGUAAGUCGGUAGGCCUUCUACCGUUAAAGAUUACUCGAGAUAUGGGGGUUGAAGGUGGAGGCGGUGCUAGUACACCUAACUCUCCAUCUUCUGCCUUCUUUCAAAAUUCUCAACGCCCCAAUGCCACACCUGUUACCAUCACCAACCCUUUCGCCAAGUUUUCAAACUUUGUCAACGCUUAUAUUGUUCUCCAAGAAUUCUGUAAGGAGCUUGCGGCUGUUAUUCUUGUUCGUCAUGCUAGCAACUAUAAUGACGUGAGCUUCGUAAGAUAUCAGGGACAACGUGAAAUGAUGAUUCUCGAUUCUGUCAUGCAAACUAACCAAGCAGGCCCGUGGAUGAUGAGUAAUAACGAUGAGCUAUUUAUAGAUGAAGAGGUGGAAGAUAUAGAUGAGUUUACCAGACGGAAGAAUUUGGAAAAGUGGAAGAAUAGAAUCUCUGUCGUAUCGACUAUGACAACAGAUUGGCGAAGUGUAAAAAGUCUGGAUACAUUUGAUGAAGUCAUCACAGCAAGAAUACCCUUUCAAAGAAAAUCAGAUGCAGCUAUAAAUAAGGAUUAA